GAUGCUCAGCCCUAGCAGCUUUUAUAUGCAAUUUGUACUCUUCAAAUGAACCAGAAUGCAGCUGUGACUUGUUUUUAACAUGAAGAGGUUCUUAUACACCACCCUACUGCUGUGUGCAAUCCACUGGCUUCCUGUAGCUGCAUGUACGAAAAAGCUGCCUAUCUUCAAACAACAGAAUGUUCGUCUGGGAGGGGACAGAACACACGAUAUAAAGGCAGUGUUGGUAGGAUGACAGACACCGUUCACCUGACGAACCAUUCACCUGAAGGACCAUUCACCUGGCCGCCUGAUCCACACUCUGAAAAAUGGCAAAUGCAAAUCCAGAGCAACCUGAAGAGUUUACCAUCCAACAAAGAAAGAAUCCACGUGGAAAAAGGGAGAACUACAUCACAGGGCAGCAUGUGAGUUUAGAGAGACUGAGAGAGCAAAUGCAGAUAGUGAUCCCGCAGGAUCCCAUGAUGACAUACAUAAUGAAGGAGAUCCCACCCUACCCAACUCCAGUUGUAUUUUGGGUUUCAGAUGUAGCCCAUGUUACUGCAGAGACAGGAUUCAGGGGGAUAAUGGAGUCUGGGCAGUUCAGACCUCCUAAUAGUGAGUUCUCAUGGUGGGGCUUAAAAAUUAAUGAAGAGGAGAUAAGAGCAGCAGAGACAAUGUACAUAGAGACUAAUUUCCCAAAUGAAGCACUAGAGCUGAAUGAACAGAAGCCGUUCCUGGAGAAUUUCACCACAUCACCUGUCUUCAAACUAGAGAAAUCCCGCUACGGCAAUUAUCGCUUCACUUUUCCUCUCACUGAUCUGAUGCAGUGGUAUAAAGAACAGAACUGUGGAGGAGAAGAGCCGGUUCUCAGGGUAUACAAGACCAUCACCUACAAACAGAAAAUUGUGUACGCUGUGCUGAUUCACAGUCCUGAGGAUAACAAGCGUUUUGGAGAAUAUCCUCUUCUUGAAGCGAGUGAGUGGGUUCGUUAUCAGGAUGGAAAGAUCAUCUGGAAAGCACAAGCCAUUUGUGAAACCCACUGGUAUAAAUUUGUUUCAGGAAACGGACAAAAGCUGAAAUCUCAUGAAUUUUAUGUCUGGGAUCAGGUUAGUUUACUCUUUCACCUACCAAAUCCUAAAGCCCUGAAAGUCCCCAGAAAAGGACUUAUAGAAGCUCUCGAGGCCUGUAAACUUGAUGAGAUAGAUCUCUCAAAGUACAACGGUCCUAAAAGCAAAGAGGAACGCUACAUAGAAGCAAAGGAGGAAGUGAAUAAAUUGAAAUGAGAAUUGAAAGAGGAGAAGAAAGAAGAAAAGGAAGAAGAACAAGAGGAUGAAGAUGAAGCAAGACCGUGAAAUAUAUUCAUAGGUGAUAUUUUGUAGUAACUGGUCAUGCUACAAUACAAAAUGUUCAUAUCUAACCUAGAAAUGUUUUAAUUAUUACACUUUUUUAAUGCUUCUAAUCAUUUUAAUUCUUAAAAAUGAGAAUCUUUUAAAAAUAAUCUCAUGAUUUUUAAUUUCUCUGAUUCUUAUUCUUGAUGUUAUCUUUUUGUUGAUGAUG